UGGAGGACAGUGCUGCCGGCCGCGGCUCCAAAGGCACACUCCCAGAAGGAGCCCAAGAGCCUAUGCCCAGAAGCCUCUGAUUUCACCUCUUCUACUGUUUUUGCCUCCCAGAGACCCCUUGAUUUGGAAGAUUUGAGAGUACCAAAGAAAACCUAUUCGGACACAAUGAGGAAGCGCCUGGGUGGAUGCUGGUUGGCCAUUGUCUGCGUCCUGCUCUUCAGCCAGGUCGCUGCAGUCAGGGCAAGAGGCAUAAAGCACAGAAUCAAAUGGAACCGGAAGGCCCUGCCCAGUAGUAGCUCCCCGGUCACGGAGGCCCAAAAGAUGGAUGUGCAGAGGCACCCCGGGGCCUUCAUCAAGCAAGGCCGGAAGCUGGAUAUUGACUUUGGACCUGAGGGCAACAGGUACUACGAGGCCAACUAUUGGCAGUUCCCCGACGGGAUCCACUACAACGGCUGCUCUGAGGCCAACGUGACCAAGGAGAAGUUUGUCACCAACUGCAUCAACACCACCCAGGCUGCCAACCAGGAGGAGCUGUUCCAAGAGAAACAGGGCAAGCUUCACCAGCGGAUCCUGUGGAGGCUGAUCAGGGAGCUCUGCUCCGCCAAGCACUGCGAUUUUUGGUUGGAAAAGGGAGCAGGGCUUCGGGUCACCAUGGACCAGUCUGUGAUGCUCUGCCUGCUGAUUUUCAUUUGGUUCAUUGCGAAAUAA